AGUUAAUGAGCGUCUCCCGCCCCCUCCUCGCUGUCUGACAGAAGAAAGCAGGUAACCUUGCGAAGAAAGUCACCGUCACCCGUCGGCUCGAAGUGUAAAAAAAAAAAGGAAAAAAUUAGAACAUUUAAAAACACCACAAUGAGUGAUUCAGGACAGCAACAACAGGCUGAAGAGGUGUGUCAGCCCCAGUGGCCCGAGAAUGGAGGUGAGUGGAGCGAUGGAGAGGAAGGGGCCAACAUGGACUGUGGGCUCCUGCAGGCCAUGGCCGAGGAGGAUGAGGAGAUCGACGUCCACAACGAGGAGACUUUUGGAAUGGAUCUUGACACACAUGGGACCACAGAGGCCCCCGGUGAUCUCCUUCAGUUUGGAGAGCCGCCGCCUCCACCACCACCACCAGCACCAGAGCUCCAACCACCGUCCCCCCACAGCUCCCCCUCCCCUCCCAGACAGAGGCCGCAGUAUCUGUCCCGGGCGCCCCCAGGGCAGCGCGGCAGAGGUCAGGCACAGAGAGGAGGGCUGGGCAGGGGGCAGAUGUUCGAUGACCCAGCUGUGAUGAGGACUGUGCAGGGGCGACCAAGCAUCAAGGGUCUUGACAGUGCCAUAGUGGACUGUGGGGAUGCCAUGUAUCAGAGCACCUUUGAGGAUUAUUAUUUGGCCCCCUCUUCCAGAAAGACCAGAAGAGUCUCAGGAUCAAUACUUCAGGACAGUGCCAUAGUGUGUGUGAUUGAUGGUCACAGAGGUCAGCACCCGACCUCCAACUUCCUGGAUCCGCCAUAUCCUGUCUGUGCCUUCAGGGGCAGGAGAGGGGAACUCAGAGGAUCCUACCCCAGAAGACAGUUUGGCCACAGAGGCAUCUCUCGGAUGCAUCCAUCUUUGGUACCAGGAUCACCCAUCCUCUCACGUCAACCCUUAACCCCUCGGCAACAUUACAAUCAGACAGGUGGCUUCAUGUUCCCUACAAACCGGCCUUGCCCCUCCACUCCUCAGUCUCUUCCUCCCAAGAUGAUGCAACUUCGCUUCGGUGCCAACUCACCGAGACCGUCCCCCUUUUACAGCCCGUCGAGUAAUUCAGUGCAGCAUUUCAGGUACCCGGGUCCUGUCACCCAGCUCCACCCCCAACACAAACGACUACUUAGUCAAAAACAACGCAUAUUCCAAAGAAAACCAGACGGCUGGGAUCCUUACUGUAACCUCAUGACCGCCAAAGAGAAGGAGUGGAUCACCAGGCUGCAGAUGAUUCAGCUGCAAAGUGAGCACCCAUACCUCGAAGACUACUAUUACCAGGAGUACUAUCGACGAAUAGAAGCUAAGAUGGCGGAGGAGGAGCUGGGCAUCCGGGGGAAGAGGGAGCCACUGAAGCUCACUACACCUUACAUCACCAAAACUGACGCCUACACACCAGUUGUACACAUUGAAGGCUCUCUGGGUCAAGUUGCUGUGUCCACGUGUUACUCUCCUCGUCGUGCCAUCAGUGCAGUUCACGCAGUCCAAGUUCAAGGUCCACACGAGGAACAAAAAGACAUCAGACAACAACGGUUAGAGGUCCUCAGCAAAAUAGAAAAGUUGUUUGUAGUUUUGUUGGAGGUCGAGGAGACAGAGAGGAUGAAAACCACAGUCUUGUCUGAAGCAGAAGAAAUGAGGCUGAGGGAGAAGAUGCAGGCGAAAGUGCAGCACAUCUACUCCCAGCUGCAACACCACGAACCCCUAGAUUCAGGAGGGGAGUUUCUUCCUUUCCUGCUGGUCUCAAAAGGCAAGAAGCUUCUCGCCCGACUGCUCCCAUUCCUCAAACAAGAUACUGCACUAAAAAUCUUGAGCAUCGUGACAUGUAAUCUGCCGACGUUGAUGAGCAGAGAUACCGAAGAGACUCUUCCAGUGCUCUACCCGCCUCUCCGAAAUGUGAUUGGAGGCCUGACGUUCAGUCAGUUGAUCGAGGCCCUCAAAGAUUUUACAUCUGAUUCUCUGACAUACGAGUCUCUCACACUGGCAUGUCAGAACAAGUUUGGACUGUCUUUACUGUACGCUCUCCUGUCCCACGGAGAGAAGCUGCUGUCCUCAGGCGUUCCUCUAGAGCCCAGCAUCGGUGACUUUGAGACCUGGACUGACACAAUAUUCCAGGUGGCGGGACAGCUGUCCCAGUGUUCACUGGUGGAGCCACUGCUCCUGCCUUCAAACUUGCUCACUCUUUUCUGCCGUUACCUGGACAAACGCACUGUGCAUCAGCUGAAAAGCAAUAUGGAGUCUGCAACCGGAUACCUGGCUCUUCCAUCUUAAGGUGGUCUGAAGCCAGUGAGACAUUCAGCUAAUGACCAGGUUGUGGUGAAUACUAGAGUGAAAGGAGCAGAUCAGCCCUGACAGAAACUCCUCAGUGUUAUGAAUGUACUCUGACCUGUAUUAUUUUCCCCCCCAUCCCUCCACAUUUUUGCGCACUCAAACUGUUUCCCUUUUCUUUAUUUCCUUUUAUUUCCUUUAUCUGAUAUUUUACUUUCCUCCCUUUGGUCUCCAGUUGGUCACAGUAGUGCAAGUUAUUAUGAAAUGACAAACCUGAUGUGUUUUUUUGUUUUAUUUUCCAGAACAAGUGUUACCAUCAUGUCAUUAGAUUGGCAUCAUUACAUCAACUAAUAGUUUUCUGUCUAAUCGCUUCACAUAAAUUUGCAUGUUUCCUAAUGUCAGUUAAAUUUUGGAGAAGAAAUUUGAGGUUUCACUAACUGAGAUACACAUGUCGGAUCAGAUAUUGGUGACCAGGUUGAGAGGAUUGUAUAGUAAUUUAUGAUUGUACAGCUACACCUAUAUUUUCAUUACUGUAAUAAUAAUAACCAUUAAGGACGUUGUCAUGGCAUGGUCCAUCAAAAGCCAUGCAUUUUGGGUUUUUUGUAAAUUGCAUUGUGUAUACAUGUGUAGUGAUACUGAAGAUGUAAUUUUGAUGUAAUUUUCUAAAACUUAAACUUUCAGUUGUAAAAAGCUUAUUUAUUGUAUUAAGUUUGGAAACAGUAUAAUUUAAUUGCAUUCUUGUAGAGCACUUGCAACACAAAUAAAAAAAGAUCUUUAAAUCAA